AUGCGCCGCUUCGACGAAUACUACCGCUGUUACCCCGUCGUUAUGAUGAACGGACCUGACCGCACGGCGCAGAACUUCGGCGGCAAGGUGUUCAUGCCACCGAGCGCCCUGCAGAAGCUCACCAUGCUGCACAUUGCCUAUCCGAUGCUGUUCGAGCUUUACAAUCGAGAUAAGAUGACUCAUGCGGGCGUGCUGGAAUUUGUGGCGGAGGAAGGCAGGAUAUAUCUACCGCACUGGAUGAUGGAGACACUCGGCGUAUCAGUCGGCGACAUCAUCCAGGUCAAGUCCACUGAUUUACCGCCUGGCAGCCUUAUCAAACUCAAGCCUCAAUCCACCGAAUUCCUGGAGAUCUCAGACCCCCGAGCCGUGUUGGAGAAUGCUUUCCGCGGCUUUUCGUGCCUUACAAAGGGCGAUAUUUUCCAAUUCAGCUAUAAUGACCAGACCUAUGAUAUGGCUGUGGAGGAUGUCAAGCCUGAAACAGAGAAGAUGGGUAUCGUCACUAUGGAGACGGAUCUAAAGGUCGAAUUCUCUGCCCCGGUCGGAUACAAAGAGCCGGAACGUACAAGCGGUACGAGCACACCCGCGAGCAGUGUAGGAAGACCGAAAGGUGGACCUAUGCGGUUCCAGGGCACGAUGGCGCAAAGCAUCAACUACCCCAGCAUCGCUCCUGGUAGCAACGAGGUCGCUGCCGGUGUCAGAGCGGUCUCCUCCAACUUUCUCACGUCAGGUCACACGCUCAAGAAAGGCUCCAAGGCCCCUACGCCCAAGCCAUCAACACCUGUUGCAGGUGCCAGCACGAAUCCUACGGUCCCAGCUCCACGCCGCAAUGUUAACGGUCCGCAGCCUCUUCGUCUACCGGAGGGAAAGUUAUUCUUCGGCUAUGAUAUCAAGCCGCUAAGGAGGAGUGGUGAAGCGGGGGAAGAAAUCGGUGAAGGUGAGAAGAAAUUGGUGUUUUCAGGUCAGGGUCAGACUUUACGGGCCAAAAAGAAGGCGCCUGGUGGAACAGGAAGUGGCGUGAGCAGCGAUACGGAAGGAAGGAAGAAGUGA